CACACACACACACACACGCUCUGAUUUGCAGGGGCUACCUAGGUCCAUGGCCUUUCUCUUUAUUCGAGCGGGAGUAGGGAAUAGUGUUAUGUGAUAUUUAAAAUCACCUGGGUCUUUAACCCAGGGAUGUUACAAAAGGUGCACAUUUACCCACACCUCGCCUGUGUUCCCCUACCCCUGUCCCGCAGGUGACCGCCUGGCGGGCGCGGUGGCAGGCGGCAGGACGGGAGGGCGCGCAGAGAAACCGAGGCAGCAGCUGCAGGAGCGCCCGCCGGCGGGCAGUUUCACUUCCUGCGGGCCAGCAGCGCCCUUGGUCGGCGCUUCCGGACUGAGGUUCGCGGUCCCGCGGUCCUGUCCCAGGUCCCCGCUGCCGUCCCGCCUCACUCACCGCCGCGAUGCUGCCAGCUGCGCUGGAGCCCGCGACUCCAGGAAGCACGAACGCCAUCCUUGUGAUGUACGAAGAUGACUCUGAGGACUGGGCUGUGUAUCUGAGGACGCUGUUUUCCCAGACCGUGGAGGGAGAAGGGAUCCUGCUGUACCGCCUGGGGGGCUUCUCCCUGAAGCACCUGGAGUUGUUAGGCUUACCCUCUUACAGAUGCAAGCUUCUGAUACUAUCCAGCAGCGUGCUUCAAACCCUCACACCACAGAAGUCUGAGUUUCUGGAGAAGGUGCUGGACUCGCCGGCCAGUGUGGUCACACUGCUCUGUGGGCUCGGGAGUGCGGCCCCCCUGUACAAGUCCCUGAAAAUCUCCCCCGGGAGAUGGGAGCUGUCGACCCGGCAGGAGCCCGAGGACUAUGUCUCCGUGAUCAGGCACAUCUUGUCCGGAGAUUCUGAAACCUACCUUGAGGUCAGCGUUUCUGCAGACCAAAGAGUGAACAGUCCCGAGAAAACAAGUGAGAGAAAUGAAACCGAAGCCUCGUCAGGACCCUGUGGUAGUGCUGCAGCCCUGGCCACGGUGCUCCCUGCUGAAGUUCCGUGUGAGAAUCCUGGUGAGAUAUUCAUUUUCCUGAAAGACGAAGUGGUUGGUGAAACGGUGGAGGCUGAGUUUAUGUCACAUGAUAGGUGCAUUCGAGCCCGGCUGGCCCUUUGGGACAAGAAUGUCUGGUGUAUGAAAGCCCCAGAUUUUCCUGCUGGGUCAGUCACCGUCCAUGUCUAUUGUGAUGGAGUUCUGACUGCCACCACAGAGAUGAAAUAUUGCUCAUCAGAAGUGCCAGCUAAAGCAGCAGACCCAGGAGGGGGUUUCUGCUGGAAUGACAUUGAAGAGCUCGAUGGCAUUUUUACAUCCAUAUUCAAACAAGAAAUACCGUAUUAUGACUUCCACUCUCUUCAAAGUGAAAUUUGCCCUCAAAAUGAAUAUACGAACACCAACGAGCUCCCAACUCUUCUCCACUGUGCUGCAAAGUUUGGCUUAAAGAAUCUGGCUCUUCAUCUGCUUCAAUGUCCAGGUGCAAACUGGGCAUUGAAGGUGAAAAAUACAAGUGGAGCAGACCCCGCUCACAUUGCUAAGAAGUACGGGCACGAAGAACUCGAGAAAAUCCUUGGAGACUUUUCAAUCCAAGAAAUUAGUGGAAGUAAUGAGCAAUUAAAUGACUAUGAAGAGGACAGAGUCUCACUCUCUGCACAUUUUCCCUCCUCUGAGAAUCCAGCCUUGCACCCAGGAAGCCAGAAGACGCCCAGGCUGAGUGAGGACCUCACCGAAGCCACCGUGGGGACAGGGGAGGGACCAGAUCCUGGGCCAGAUGAGGAGGUGCUGCUCAAGGAUGCAGAGGAGGUCAGCGAGAGCUCAGAGGACCCCUACGAUGACCACCUGUACGUGUUCAUCACUGGGGAGGAGCCCAAGCCCACUGCGGAGCCCCCCGCCUGCUGUGCACCCCCGCUGCCCCCACCACGCUCAGCCUGUGCGGCGCUGCCACCUGAGAAACCUCGCUCCCCCUCACAGGGCACAUCCGGGGAAGGCCACCGGGAAAGAAGUCACAGCUGGGCAACACAGGCAGCACGAGAUGAACCCAAAGGAGAAGAAAAGAAAGUGGAUGGAAAGGAGUGGCAGGUGGAGGAGGAUCCUUACACCUUCGAGGAGAUUGAAGACAGUGAGUACGACAUGAUACUGUCCCAGAUGAGCGUCAAGAGGAAGCCUGGAAGCUGGUCUUUCAUUGUCAACAGACCUCCCGCCCCGACGCCGCGGCCCACCAACGUCCUUGCCAAAGAGGAAACCACACCUUAUAUCGCCCAAGUUUUCCAACAGAAGACAGCCAGAAAACAAUCCGAUAGUGACAGAUUCCAGAGUCUUCCGAAGAAACCAGAAAAGGCUCGGACGGAGAGCCCGGCUGUAUCCAUUCCAAGGCGCUGCCUGGAGGCGGGGCAGGAAGAACUCAUCCUUCUCCAGGAGAAAGUCAAGAAGGGAAAGCUAUCUGUGGAUGAAGCCCUAGAGAAAUUCAAACACUGGCAGAUGGGAAAGAGCAGUUUGGAAUUGAUUCAGCAGGAAAAGCUACGUCAACUGCGGUACACCAUUAUUGGGGACAGGCCAGAAGAAGCAAAUGUCUAUGAAAAACUCACCAUCGUGCACCACCCAAGUGGGACCGCUGCUCGCAAUGAAAACAUGUUAUACAGCAUCCCACUCAGCAAUAAGCCUCCUGCUCCACUCCAAGUUGAAAAGGAAUUUGGUGUCUGUUGCAGGAAAGAUCAUUAAAGAAGGUUAUUAUAAUGAAUCUCACGACUGCAGACAUUGUGCUUUCCGGGAAAAGCAAGCUCACAUUUGGAUUUUUUCUAUACUGCGAAUUCCUGAAAGCAGAAGGCCUUGGGAUUUGGGAAUCUGUAGUUACCACAAAGUACUGGCGGUAUGCUUGCCUCAAGCAGUUCAAUCUGUGUUGAAAUCGCCUAUCAGGGACCAACAGCAUUCUGUGACAAUGCUUGUAUUUUACAAUGACUUUGUCACCAAAACAGCAAGUUCUCAUUUUGAAAAUUAAAGAAAAAUAAGAGCAGAGGAGUUAAAUGCUGUAGCAAGGUGACAGAGCCUGUCAAGGCACCAAACUGAAUAGAUUGCUCCUCUGCUGAGGACAACCAUGACAGUACAAACUCCACGUGUAUUUCUCGGUUAGGGACGGGUCCGCUGUCUGUCUGUAUUUCUUAAACUCAAAGGUUGUAUUAUUUUUGUUAUAUCUUGUUUCCAGAAACCUUCCUAUAUUGAGCUCCUAUCUGCAUGUAACCCUGAAAAAAACUUGUUCUAAAAUUUUUCUGUCCUUCGAAUUAAUAUGCAUUUCCAGAGCUUAUUUUUUCAUUAGAAAACUCUAAAAUUUCAUCUAUUUAUUUCUUAGAAACAAUUUACUAGCUUGAAGUAGAAUGCAGUUUUAUCAUAUUAUUAUUUCCAUGUAUAAAUACUGCAAAUAAAGUGUUUAAAUCUG